AGACAGGAGGAAUGCGGAGUGUCAAGGGGUCAGGAUCAAUCCGGUGUGAGUUGAUGAGGCAGGAAGGUGGAGAAGAAUGUCAGGAAUGUCGCUGUUUGUGUAGGACUCCAUUCAGCCGAUUGGCGCGUCCCGGGCGCCGGGAGUGUAUAAAAAGCGCCGGUCCGCCUGCUUGAGACUCAGACCGAACCACCUUCCUCUGCUCCCAAGACGGAGAACAAGACAGGCCAGCGGACUCCGCACCAAAGGAAGGCGCUUUCCCACGAAGGCUGCACCCAGCGAAGCCAGAUCGGACAGCAGCGACCCUCUCUCGCCCCAAGGCAGGGAGAUUUUGCGAGCCCUCGCCCGGACCAGGAGCCCCUCCGCUUCCGCGCAGCUUUUGCCGUCGUCUCUCUCGCCCUGAACAUGCUGGCAAGGAUGGGACUCCUUCGCAGCUUCGCCUUGGCGCUCGUCGUCGCCCUCUGGAGCCGGGUAAGUCUCCCUGCACUCGGCCUCGACGGGAGCCGAGCUUGGCUUGGCGGGAUCAGGGGCGCUGGGUGGCUGCGGAGCCGAGACCUCUUCUUGGCUUCCCGUCUCUCCGCCUGCUCCGUCCGAUCCUGACCCCUCUGCCCCCCCUCCGUGUCCCCCCAGGACGUGGCCGGCCAAGACUGCAGCGGGCAGUGCCAGUGCGACUCCGCGCCCCCCGAGUGCCCGCCCGGCGUCAGCCUGGUGCAAGACGGCUGCGGGUGCUGCCGGGUGUGCGCCAAGCAGCUGGGCGAGCUGUGCACCGAGAGAGACCCCUGCGACCCUCACAAGGGGCUCUUCUGCGACUUCGGCUCCCCGGCCAACCGGAAGAUCGGCGUCUGCACCGGUGAGUACCCGGAGUUUUGCCUCUAGGGGGGAGCGGCGAGCAGGGUUGAAGCAGAGAAGGUCCAGAGAGGAAUCCCUUCUAGGGCCUGGAAAAGUGACCCCAUUCCAGCUUUUUGUUUCCUAAGAUACUUUCCCUUCCUUCAGUCAGCCUUAAAACAAAAAGCACCCUUUGUGUAUGGAAGAGAUUGGUGCAAGUGAUUGGUCUGGGGGGCUUGCAGUCUCCUCUAGCAAGCAAGAGAAAGCUUCCCUUGUUGAAUUUCUGCCUGUUGCGCAGCUGUUAAAGGCAUCAGAGGUGCACAAAGGUGGCAGAUCCAAGGACAGGAGUUGAUCCUUGCAUGCCCAAAAUAUGGUUAGUUCAGUCGCUUUCUUUAUGUGUAGGCAGAGCUGCUGAAAUCUAGGCUCCUUGGUCACUCUAGGGUUGUUGUUUUUAAUGAAUGGCUCCUCUUUUCUGUUUGCAGCAAAGGACGGCGCCCCCUGUGUCUUUGGAGGCAUGGUUUACAGGAGCGGAGAGUCUUUCCAGAGCAGCUGCAAAUACCGAUGCACUUGCCUGGACGGGGCUGUGGGCUGUGUGCCUCUCUGCAGCAUGGGUGUUCGCCUGCCCAGCCCCGACUGCCCUUACCCACGAACCGUGAAGCUGCCAGGCAAAUGCUGCGAGGAAUGGGUGUGCGAUGAGCCCAAAGACAAAGAACAGACUGCAGUUGGACCUGCUCUUGCUGGUGAGUAGGUUUGCUCUCUCAAUGCCCCUCUCCAUCUUGAUAGCCUACACAGGGCACUUUCUGGAGUUUGGUUGCCUUAACCAUGCUGUGAUCUCCAUCAAUGGAUUCUGUGCCUUCUGAAUGAGCUCUUAGUGCUAGAAUCUAACCCUUUCUGCUAUUCUUUUUCCAGCUUAUAGACUGGAAGACACUUAUGGACCUGACCCAUCCAUGAUGCGUGCCAACUGCCUGGUCCAGACCACUGAAUGGAGUGCCUGCUCCAAGACUUGCGGAAUGGGCAUCUCCACCAGAGUCACCAAUGACAAUGCCCACUGCAGACUGGAGAAGCAAAGCAGGCUUUGCAUGGUGAGGCCAUGUGAAGCAGACCUGGAGGAGAGCAUCAAGGUAAAUAGGGGUCCACUUUGCUAGAGCACUUCUACAUAGUGAAUGUUAAGAUCCACUUGGUGGCUAUGAACUAGGGUUUGUAUCCACCAGUGGUUUGGCCUUAAUGGAACAUGCUUUCACUCAAAUUCUCUUCCCCCACCCAAUUACAGCAGUUCUCUGCCUUGUGUCCCAUUCUGUUUCUAUGGGCCCCACAACCAUCUUCUAAGGAAGAGGAUGCAGGGGGAUUGUGGGCUAGAGAGCUCAGUGAACAUCAGGUGCCCUGCCUUUAGGGAGAGGAAAUACUUCUCUCUAAGGCAAAGCCAUCAUUGGAUACAACACUGGGGAGAAUGCAUUGUACAGGGCUGUUGUUGCUCCCUGAGUUGACCUUAAUGAAUGUGAGUGAAACUUUCAAGAGAACUAGGCAUGAACAAUCUGAUAUAUGUGGGUGGAAAUGCCACUGAAGUAAGCGAGACUCCAUUUAUACCUUCUAGGCAUAAUCUAGCCAGAUUUAAGAUCCUUAGGUAUCAUUGACUUCAUUGUGUGUUUGCUUAGCUCUACCAGUGGGACAAACAAAGUGCUUACACUGGUUGGAUUGUACCAAGUGAGAUGUAUGCAGGUUAAAUUCGCUGAAUUUAGGCCUCACUUAAAUCAGUGGGGCAAGGAAGCCACAACUCAUGGCUUCAUCUCAACUGAGUCUGGUUCCACCAUAAUACGUUUAAGAUUGGACAGUUAUAAAAUAAAUAACACAUAGAGAUAAACUUAGAUAUUUGAUAAUGUGUAUGGGAGCCUUGUGUAGCUGAUAUGUAAACAUAUGAAUUCUCUCUCCCUCUCUCCACAGAAAGGAAAGAAGUGUAUUCGUACUCCCAAGUUCUCCAAGCCUAUCAAGUUUGAGCUGUCUGGCUGCACCAGCGUGAAGACCUACCGGGCCAAGUUCUGUGGCGUCUGCACCGAUGGCCGAUGCUGCACUCCUCACAGAACAGCCACCCUCCCUGUGGAAUUCAAGUGUCCCGAUGGGGAGGUCAUGAAGAAGAGGAUGAUGUUUAUCAAGACCUGUGCGUGUCACUACAACUGCCCUGGAGACAACGACAUCUUUGAGUCGGUCUACUCCAGGAAGAUGUACGGAGACAUGGCAUAAAGCCCAAAAAGAGACUUUGAAAAACUUGACGGUCAACUUGAACUUAAUAAUUUGCAUCUCAUUUUGUACAACGUGAUUCGAUAGCACAAGGUAUUUAAAUGUCUGCUUUUGGGGGGGGAACAAAAAGCAGAAUGUUCUAUGUGAUUUCAGACAAAACUGUCUAUUGACCCCAAACAUUGGUUUGAAGGAAAAAUAGUAAUAAUAAGAAGGACAGUGAGGAACGACAAUGAAGUUGCGCCUCAGAACAGAGUAUAUGGGGGUGGUGUAUAGGGAUUACUUAAGGGGACAUGUGCCAUCUCGUGCAGCCUUUUCAUGGUGUGUUAGCAUGUCUUCCACCAAAUAGUGCAAUCAGAAAGGACGCUUAGCAAGGCUACUGUCACGGCUUUCCAUGACAGUAGGUGCUGGACUGGAAAUUCUCACCCAGCAAGGUGCUAAGUAAUUGUGUUCUGUUAGAACAGCAAUAAUUUUGCUUUGAAGUUCUGAUUCAAAUGGUUUGUUCAGAAUGAAUCGGAAUUAGACUGGACAGCUUGUGGCAAUGAAUUUGCCUGCCACAAGCUAGAUUUUUUUUUAAUUAAUAUUGUAAUAUUACGAUCUUGUAAAUACUGUUGUGUGUGUGUGUGUGUGUGUGUGUACAUAUAUAUAUAUAUAUUGUACAGUUAUCUAAGUUAAUUUAAAGUUUUAUUCCCUUUUGUGUUAAUGCUUUGAUACAUCAGUGUUAGCCUCAUCUUUUUUUUUUACAAUUCAAGGCUUUAUCAUUCAAAUACAAUCCAAUGCAUUCAUUUAACACAUGAAAUAGAUUCUCUUUGGGAAGUUCAGUUAGUGGGGUCGGGUGUUGCAGUGAAACGAAGUGAUGCUUCGCUGAACAAGAUGCACCAGCAGAGUCCUUGCAAAGCUCAUCGUCAAAUCAAGGACAAGGAGAGGGAAAUCGGAUUCUCUCUGCCUUAAUGAAAGUACAUGGACUGUAGCGAAAUGAGUGGCUUAUUUGUUAGCUGACCAAUCUUUCCACCUGGGAACAGUUUUGUUACCUGUUGAGAAGUGUGACCAAAAGUUACAUGUCUGCACCUUUCUAGUUGGAAAAAAAAUAAAGUAUUUUAUUUUUUAUAUAAA